CCCAGGUUUGGUCUCCAUAUCCUGCAUCUGGAUUUGGGUCACAAGUUUUUCUGCUGAAGGAUUCAGUCGGAGAAUGGACCCGAAGGCGACACACACAGCAGCUAUGGCAGGCGAAGACGAGGGGAAGGUCUCCAAGAAAAAAAGUGCUACAGUCUGUGGCUUUCCAAUCAGCAUCUUUUUCAUUGUGGUCAAUGAGUUCUGCGAGCGUUUCUCCUACUAUGGCAUGCGAGCCGUGCUCGUGCUGUACUUCAAGUACUUCCUGCAGUGGGACGAUGACCUCUCGACCACUAUCUACCACACCUUUGUGGCGCUCUGCUACCUGACCCCCAUCCUGGGAGCCAUUGUGGCAGAUUCAUGGCUCGGCAAGUUCAAGACUAUUGUUUACCUGUCCAUCGUCUAUACGCUCGGGCAGGUCGUCUUGGCAGUAAGUGCUAUCCAUGACAUCUCAGAUGCAAACAGGGACGGCACCCCCGACAACAUGACCCUCCACGUAGCGCUGUCCAUGCUGGGGUUGCUCCUCAUCGCCCUGGGCACGGGGGGCAUCAAACCCUGCGUGGCUGCCUUUGGUGGGGACCAGUUCCAAGAUCAUCAGGAGAAGCAGAGGAGCACUUUCUUUUCCAUCUUCUACCUGUCCAUCAAUGCUGGCAGUCUGCUGUCCACCGUCAUCACCCCCAUCCUCAGAGCUCAGGAGUGUGGCAUAUACACCCAGCAGCAGUGCUACUCGCUGGCCUUUGGCGUCCCCGCCGCUCUCAUGGUGGUCUCUCUGAUUGUGUUCAUUAUUGGAAGUGGGAUGUACAUUAAGACCCCCCCUCAAGGCAACAUCAUGGUGAAAGUCUUCAGGUGCAUCGCGUUUGCCAUCAAGAACCGCUUCAGGCAUCGCGCUUCGGAGUUCCCAAAGAGAACCCACUGGAUGGACUGGUCCGAGGAGAAGUACGACAAACUCCUGAUAGCCCAGGUGAAGAUGGUGCUCAGAGUGCUGUUCCUCUACAUCCCUCUGCCCAUGUUCUGGGCUCUCUUUGACCAGCAGGGCUCCAGAUGGACCCUGCAGGCGACUAUCAUGAACGGGGACUUUGGAAUUCUCAAAAUCCAGCCCGAUCAGAUGCAGACCGUCAACCCCAUCUUGAUCCUGGCUUUGGUGCCGAUCAUGGACAGUUUGCUCUACCCGCUGAUUGCCAAGUGCAAAAUAAACUUCACCCCCUUGAAGAGGAUGACUGUGGGGAUGCUCUUCGCUGCCCUCGCGUUCAUCGCUGCCGCCCUGGUCCAGAUACAGAUCGACCAAACCAUGCCCAAGUUCCCAUCAAGCAGCGAAGGCCAAGUGAAGUUCAUCAACAUAAACAACAGGUCGCUGGAGGUCAAAGCGGGGACCAGCGAGUUCACCUUGGGGGCUUUCACGGCCAAUGAGGACUACCUGACCUUUGACAAAGCAUUCAAUGUGAGUCUGGAGUCUGGGGUCGGUUCCGUAACCACUUUAGAGAACGGCAGUCGGAGUACCAUGGUCAUCGUUCAGGAAGGGGUCCUCUUCAGGCCGUUUCAGUUCAUGGACAUCAAAGCGAAGCCGGAACAGGGCGCUAACGCUAUCAGGUUUUUCAACGGUCUUGGCUCGAACGUAACAGUUGGGGUGAACUUUGGGGUCAUUGCCGCCAACAACAUGUCCGGCUACGUCAUGUUCCCGCAGGGGGCCACUCAGUUCCGAGUCGAGAGCGCUGCUGGGGAGUGCGUCUACAGUCAAGACCUGGGCUUCGGCAGCUCUUUCACCUUGAUCAUCCCGCCGACUUUUGCAUUUGUAGAUAAUUGCGGGCAGAGCAUCCAAACUGUGGUGGACAUCAAGCCCAACACCAUCCACAUGGCCUGGCAGAUCCCGCAGUACUUCCUCAUGACCUUAGGGGAGGUAGUCUUCUCCGUCACCGGCCUGGAGUUCGCCUACUCACAGGCGCCCAGCAACAUGAAGUCUGUGCUGCAGGCUGGUUGGCUCUUAACCGUUGCCGUUGGCAACAUCAUUGUGCUCAUCAUUGCCGAGGCUGCAACGCUCGAUGACCAGUGGGCCGAGUACAUCCUCUUCGCCUCUCUGCUGGUGGUGGUGUGCUUCAUCUUCGCCUUCAUGGCCCACUUCUACACCUACAUCGACCCGGCCAAGAUCGAGGCCCAGUUCGCCGAGAGGGACCCCGAAGAGAAGGAGAAGGAGAAGAGGAAGAGCGUGGAGAUGACCAGGAAGGGCUCGGCGGAGCAGCGCAAGGAGGACAGGAGGAGUUCUGACUCCAGCUCCGACAAGGAGAAGACCAGACAGACCAGGAUCUGAGGCGACGCCUUCUCCACUCUCGGUGUACGCCGUUUGUGAACAAUAAUUCAGACUCUUAUUUCGUCUCAAAGUCUUUUAGAGAUUGCUCAUGUAAUUCAAUUUAUUUGUGCUUCCGCUGUUGUAAACCCAUUUCAUAACCUUUUAUGAAGUACAUAUACAACCAUUCCAACAUUU